AUGAACCUUUUUGCGGAAUUUGUAAAUCUUCACUAUUCCCCUUCUCCUGAAUAAUAAGUACUUUUAGAAGAAAUUAACAUCGAGAACUUAACAAAGCCAAUUGAUGAAUAACCUAAUCCAUCAAAAUUUAAAGAGCUAUUAGACUAAUAUUUAGAUGCAUAUAAUAACACUUAACCACUUAAAAUUAAAGACCCUCUUAAUAGAUUUCAUCUUCCAAUAUCAGAUUGGGUUGAUCAACCUGUUUUUUAGUGGGAAAUCCCAUAAGAUGUUAUGGACCAAUUAAAUAGAGGAUACUUUAGAUUAUAAAAUAUAAAAUAAAAUCAUGGUUCAGAAUCAAUUACUAUAACUCAAUAACUCAAAGCAUCUCAUGAAAAUUCAGAAAAAUCAAGUUUUUCAAUGAGCUUAUCAAAAUACCUUGACUAUUUAAGAGAUCCAAAUGAUUUUUUUUACAAAAAUAAGCAAUAUAAUACUAAUAAAUUGCUUUCAUUAUUUGACCUAUAAAUUGAGGGAUGGGAAGAAGAAUCAAAUAAAUUAUAUGAAUAUUUACCCUAAUGUUUUUUGAAAGAUGAUGGUUUAAGUUAUUUAAGAACAAAUAUAAAGAAUGUCAAUUAACUUUAAAUCAAUAUAAUGAGUCCAGGAAGUUGGUAGGGAAUUAAACAAGAACCUGGAGCAAUUAAUUUACUUAAUUUAAAUCAUGGACCUGGAGAUUGUUUAUGGAUUGUUAUUGAUCAAGAACAUAUUGAAAAGUUACUAUAAAAAGAAAGACAUUUUAUUCUAGAGGAAGGUAACUAAUACUUGAAUAGAAAUAUUUUAAAGAAAAAUGAUAUCCCUUAUAAAAGAUUCAUAUAAAAACCUGGUGAUCUAAUCAUUUUAGGAGCAGGAUCCUUUUAUUAAAUUGAAUGUUUAUCUACAGCUAUAACAACUGGUUGGAGUUUCUUGGCAAUGAAUUCCUAUUCAUAUUAACAAAUGAUGAGGAGAUAAAUGAUCAAUAUCAAAUAUUAAAUAAAAUCAAUUCUCCCUUUAAAGAACCUAUUUUUGGAUAUUUUUAUUCAUCACAACAACAAAUAAUUGAGAAUGUACCUCUAAGAAUUUGUAACUUAAGAACUUUAACUAAUAAGUGAUUUGCAAUAAUAGAAGAAGAUUUAUUCUUUAAAUAUCAAUUAUUCAAUGAGAAAACAUUGUUUUUGUACAGAAUGUAAAGAAGAAAUAUUUUUAUGUUUUUAUCAAAAUCAACAAAAAGUUCUUUGUUUAAAAUGUGACAAAGUUAAAUACUAUUAAGUUUAAUGUAAAUACAAUACUAAUAUUUUAUAACUUAUUUUAUCCUCUUAAGAUCUUCUAAAAUGUUCUUAUCAUUAUUGUUCUUAAUCUGAAUAAUAAAAUAUAACAUGUACAGCUAAAUUUAAAUAAUAAAAAAAGAAGAAAAUUGCAAGUCCUUAAUCAAUAGAAGAGAGUUCAACUUCUAAUAUAGAAAAUAUAUUAAGAUAAAAAAGUUAUAUUUAAGAAGAAGAAAAAGAAUCUAAUUAAUAAAAACAAAUUAAGAAAUAAGUUAAAUAGCAAGAUGAAGAUUGUUAAAUAUAAGUUAAAAUAGAAUAAACAGAACCUAUAAAAGAGAUUAAACCUAAAAUAAUCAAAAUUAAAACAACAAAAUAAGUCUAAAUAUCUAAAUAAAAAUAGAAUAAGAAAACAGAGAAAAUUGUUGAUGAUAAAAAUAAAAUAAUUAAAAUUGUUGAUGAACCUCCCAAUCUUAAGACUUAUGCAAUAACAACUAGAAAAAGAUAAUAAGUAUUAGAGAUAAAAAGAUAAGAAGAAAUUAAAAUAACGAAAUAAUUAAUUACUAAACCAAUCAUAAAAUCAGAAAAACAAAAACAAAAAUUUACAUCUAUCUAUAAAAAAGCAAGAUUAUCAGAAGAAGAAAUGAAUGAAAUUUUAGGACUAUAAACUUAAUAAACAUAAGAAAGAAUUUAUAAGAAAGGAGAAAAAAUGCUAACACUUUGA